AAACAGAUUGAGACAAAGCGAGGAAAAUUCUGACCGUUCUCGACAAAUUUGCGAUAGAGGAUCAUUCAUUUUCAGCCAAAUUUAUGCCAUAACUUUCAGCUAAAAGAAGGGAAAAUGUCUCCCCUAGAGAGGCGAGAUACGAUGAGGAUGGAAAGUCUUAGCGGUACGAGGCCGAUGAAGGAACUCCGCGAUAGAGUUGUUCUAAAUGUCGGUGGCAAGGUCUUUGAGCCUUAUAUCAGCACGCUGAAAAACAUACCAGAUAUUCCUCUGGCGAGAAUCUUAGAGAAUCGUUCAAAGUUAGACUAUGACCCUGAAUCGGGGGAAUAUUUUUUUGAUCGACAUCCGGCAGUUUUUCAACAGGUUUUGAACUAUCUACAGACGGGGAAACUUCAUUGUCCCCGCAAUAUCUGUGGUCCUCUAUUCGAACAGGAACUCGCUUAUUGGGGUUUGGACGAACAACAAAUGGAAUCUUGUUGCUGGCCGAAUUACACAAAACACAGGGAUGCUCAGGAAAACUUACAAGCAUUGGAUUUCAGGCCUAAAUACGAAAGUGCAAACGGCGAUAGAUCGAGGCAAAGGUUUUACAACGAUCCCACUCUAUCCUGGUGGCAAAGAAACCAGCCAAUCGUCUGGGAAAUUCUAGAUGACCCAUAUUCAUCUUCUACUGCAAAGGUGUUCGCCUGGGUUUCUCUGGGAUUCAUUGUCACUUCCAUCUUUACGAUCUGUCUGUGGACUGUUGAAUACUUUAAGGGAUUUAGAGAGGUCGCUGUGACGCAGAAUGUUACGCAGUCGACGAACACAACGCUCGGUCAAAAUUAUACAACAGUGACCAAAACAGAACUUGCCGGUUCUCAGACCCCAAUGGACGUGCUGACGAUAAUUGACUCGGUGUGCACAGGUUGGUUCACCUUGGAGUUCCUGUUGCGUUUGGCUUUCUGCCCUAGCAAGUUCCAAUUCGCCAAGAAGCUGCAAAACUGGAUUGAUCUUUUGGUGAUAAUUCCGCUAUAUCUACUCCUUGUGUUUGAACGCACUACCCUGAUUGAGGUCCUCAACACAACUCGCAUUGUUCGCAUCUUUCGGUUUUUCAAGCUUCUGUAUGACCUUCAGAUCCUGGGAAAGACAGUCAAAGCCAGCCGUCAUCAACUGGGUCUUCUCCUAAUCAUUCUGCUUAUCCCUGUCAUGAUUUUCUCCAGCCUUAUCUUGUACACCGAGAAGCAGUGGGGAACAGACAAGUCCCUGUCUCAGUUCCACAGCCUGCCCAAUGCAUUCUGGUGGGGUGUCAUCACCAUGACAACCGUAGGAUACGGUGAUAUUGUCCCAGCUUCGUUUGCGGGCAAGAUUGUGGGUGGCAUUGCUUCCAUUUGUGGCAUUAUCAUCCUGUCCACGUCCGCCUCUGUGAUCGGCAGUACCUUUUCGCUGUACUACAACCUGGCCCAAGCCCAACUGAAAAUCCCGCGGAAACAGCGUAACUUUGAGGUGGACUGCCAAAGCCUACCGACUGUCUUAGCCUGCAGGAUCAGCCAAACCGACUCCACAGUGAUCUCCAAUACAUCCGACAGUGGCUAACAACGAUCUCCAAAUCGCCCUCAGAUUUGUGAUCGAAAUAGUUUUGUGUUUGACGCAAACGCUCCUUCGUCUCCCAGAUCCUCUUGCGGGUGCCGGAGCUCCCUUGAUCCACCUAUCCCCUUAAAGCACGUAUCGUCACCGCGCCCAUCUGUUCCCCUCACGAGGAAAGCGAGUAUUAGAAGAGACAGUGUUCUUGGGUAGAUAGAUUUGACGAAUAACCUUGGGGACUGGUCAUUUUAUCGUCUGAGGGAGGGGGUCGUAAGAUUUUAGUUGAAUCACGAUAAAAUUUACCUUAUCCCCGUAUAUAGAUAUUUAUGGUUAUGACCCUCCCUCUCUCUAGCAGUCCCCGCUUGUAUACUCUGUUGGGACUGUAUAGUCCCCGCUUAUGUACCCUAUUGGCGACAACUGAUCCCCCCACGUUCCCACUGAAAUCUAAGUGAUUGCCAGAUGAAAGCAAUGUUUGACAAUUUAAGCUGGUACGAACCCAGGUAUCCAUCAAGCUAUCUAAGUGAUUGCCAGAUGAGAGCAAUGUUUGACAAGUUAAGUUGGUGCCAACCAGGAAUCCAUCAAGCUGGUGAACUUUGCGCAAAAGUUAUUUAGCUUAAUUUUUCCUCCCUAUGCAUGUCAUAUGCACUGAAUCUCAUUGCAAUCAGAGUUUAGCUCAGUGCUAAGACAGGCACUCACACUGUUUCACUUGAAAAUGAAUAUAAGAGAAACUCUUAAAAGGGGUUGAUGUUUCACUUAAUUGGGAGUCCUUAGCCUGAAAUUGCAAGAUUUUCGAGAUCGCAGUUGAAACGUAACAUGAAAAUUAAUAGGCGAGAGUUUUAAUCCAAUGUCAGUGGUUCGAAUCCCGUACAGGCCUGAAAUUUUUUUCAGGUCUGAUUUUCACUAUUGCUCAAAUAGUG